AUGCCUAUCACUUGGCUAUGGAGAAGGUGGAGGAAGAGGAAGCUAGCUGUUCGGAUAACCAGUUAUCACGCAAUUUAUGGAAGAAAAUCUGGGAUUUCAGGGGUUCCCGAGUCGUUAAAUUUUUUUCUGUGGAAAGCAUGUAAUGACAUCCUGCCAACUAAAGAGAAACUUUUCAAGAGGAAGGUUGUUCCAGAUCCUUUGUGCCCAAUAUGUAUGAGUGCACCGGAAUCGAUAAGCCACAUCUUAUGGACCUGCCCAUCUGCCCAGGAUGUUUGGGCGGAAUGCAAUGGAAAGCUCCAGAAAAGUGUUUGCAUUGACGGAGAUUUUAUAGAAAUUCUGCUCAAAGUUGGUCAAGGGUUGGACGAAGAUGAGAGGCACCUAAUGGUCACAGUUGCAAGGUCAAUAUGGCUACGGCGGAACAAGUUAGUCUUUGAAGGAAUUUUCCAAGCUCCUGCAACCGUUGUACGAUCUGCAAGGGAACAGGUGGAGGCGCUUGAUAAUGUUACACGAAGACACUCUGUCCCCAGCCCUAGGAGUAUUGCUCGAGAAGAAGUCGUAUGGAAAAAACCUCCGCAAGGAAUGGUGAAGAUUAAUUGGGAUAGGGGAAAAAUCGGGAUGGGGGCCAUUGUAAGGGAUCAUUCAGGCAAGGUUAUAGCAAUGACCAGCGGGCCAAGAGAAUUCGUCAAUGAUCCUUCUCUGGUGGAGGCUUUGGCUGCUCGUGAAGCUGUUGAUCUAAGCAUCUCACUGGGGUUUCAGAAUUGCAUCUUGGAGGGCGACGAAUUAGAGCUGAUUAAUGCUAUAACCCAGGAUGAGCCAUGCAGGGGGACGUACGGACAGAUCGUCAAUGAUAUCAAGUUUUUACUGCUGCAGGGAGGCCAUUGGAAGGUGAGUCACACACGUAGAGCAGCUAAUGGGACGGCGCACUUGUUGGCGAAAAUGGGAUUGCUUCUCCUUGUCUCCCAGAUCUGGACUAGUGAUUUUCCUCCAUGUUUGGAUGAUAUUGUAAGGACAGAACAGAGUUUUUGA